CGUCUCUGCUUACUCCUCUGAAGGAAUGUCUGUGGAAAAUUUGCUUCCUGAUUUCAACCUGUGUCUGGCUUGGAUGAUUUCCGAACGUUAGCCGCAGCCAGGUCUUGGUGUGCCGGACCGCAGGAAGCCGUCCUGCCUGGAGCCUUCGCACCCUUCGGAGAAGCUGCUGGUUGCUGGAUGUUCCAUCAACCUGCAUCUCAUUUAAAGGCACGUUGUUUUUCCUGAGCGUAUCAGCUUCUUAGGACUAUCACAGAGUAUUUCUGCAUUGAGCAGCACGUCCACAAUAACGGCCGCUUGCCAAGGCAGUGCCGGCAUGCUGGGGUCUUCCAGCAGGUCCCUGUUCAUCCCCGCGGCACUGCCGGCACAGCGCAGUAAGUGUGCCGUGAUCCUUUUGGCCUUUGCCAUUCUCUUUUUGUUGCUGGUUUUUCACUUGGUCGUUGCGCGACCCCUCUGACCAUCCUUCUUUCAUUUGCUGAAUCUUUCUCAGUUUCACUGUUAUCUUUUCUGAGGUCGGUGGGCAGAAACGCACACUCGGUUCAAAACAUUCGUGUUCUGUGAAUACACAAAAUGAUGUCUUUUAUUUUCUAACAACUCAGUGUUUUAUGCUUAUUCCUUUCCAUCAUAUUUCGCGACAGUCUUUGCUUUUUUACUUGCUGAUGAGCGGAGAUGGAGUUACAUCUGGUGAGUGGGAUCCUUUUCCUGACCACCGGUAGCUGUUUCAGAGUUCAUCACGUGGGCUGUACAGCUCUGCUGUUCUUCCCUUUGCUCCUUAUGCUGCCCUCUGUCUUCACUGAGUUAUCCCGGUAGUUUCAGUGCCCCUUCCCGUGGCACCAUGGCAAUUCUUUGCAAUCACGUUCACCCUUCUGUUCUGCGGAAGAGCUUUCCACGCGAACAAGCCGUGUCUGCCUGCUUGAUAGAUCGUGUAUGAUGAAUGGCAUCGGUGGAGCGUGCUUCCGUGGGCACCCUGCUGGUCAUCUCCUUUACCCUGUUGCUAAACCAGGCAAAUUUAUUUCUAAAUCUUGAGUCAUAUUUGAUGUCUGAUAAACAUUUUCUCUAGAAGGCUACAAUGGUUAAUUUAAGUGAUGUCUUUGCCCCUGGCUUGUGUUUUGCCCUUAUAAAUGGGCUGUUUAAUUUCCUUUUAACCUGUUUCUGUGUUUCGGUGUGGUUCUUCUUUUCAUGAAGUGUUUAGUAUUACCACGACAUGGCAUAUGAAAUAUUUUUAGAGAUUUCCCUCUAGAUGUAAAAGCAAAACCAAAAAACUGUACUGGCCAGGAAGUCAGAAACUUCAUGCAAGAAUAAGAUUUCCUAGCCUGCGUUGCACAAGAGAACGUUCAAAGUCAGAAAUAAGUUCUUUACUCCUUAAAAGGCUUUUAUAAGGGUUUGGAGUUUUUUUUUAGUCGUUUAGAGUAACGCUGAAGUUGUAAGUACAUUUCGCUGUUACAUUAUGAGAGGGAAUGAACGACCUUUUCUUUUCAUGGAGCGUUGUAGGAAAAUGAAGCUCUAAUGUCCUGAAACCCAUGCUUGUGGAUGCUGGUGUGAAUCCCCGUGUGUGACCGCAGAGGUUUUGCUCCGUGGCACCGGGGCUUGUGCAGGGUGGAGGUUGGGCUGGCUCAAGAAACGCAUGCGUUGGUGCUGGUGCUCCUGAUAAGCUCCCUCUUUUGGCAAAAUGUGAAAAUGGACGUGUGUUGUACGGCCACGUGUUAUCCCUCUCCACAGGCUCAAAUUCACCCAUACUGACAAAUUUUCCGUUUUCGGUGACUUUUCAUGCUGCUGUGUCAGUGAUAAGCCGUAGGAAGUGAGCAACCACACCAGGGGCUUCCCCUGCGUGCUUUUUGCUUUGCUGGUGAUUUCUUUAGUUUUUGUUUUGCAGUGCCUGUUUCCUUUCUCUGUUAUUCUCCCUUUCCUCCUCCUCGUCUCGCUGCCAUCCACUGCAGCCCCGCGUCGAGGAGCCCCAGGAACCUGCCGGCCCCGCUCGCUCGGAGGCUCUGAGCCCCUGCAGGGUCCCUGGGGACACCGCAGCACUUCUCACCACUGGGCUCAUCCUUUUGGUAUCCAGGAAAACUUAGGACAGGCAGUAGGAAAGUCUGCUUGCUCGCUCCCGCUUCCUCUUCCCCCCAUAACAUCGGUUUUCUUUGGAGAUAUAAAAUGAAAGCACUAAAGCUGAAAGAGUUAAGCACGUGUGGUGCAUUUGAAUAAAUCACCGACGUGAAACGUCUGCGUUCACUUUAAAGAAGUUGUAUCUGACAACUCAGCCGUGAGACCCCUGGUAGACGUUACAGGUCUGUGUCAGUCUGUGUUUCACGAGGGGGUUUGGAAACACGUCAGGAAGGUCGAAAGCAAAAGAUACUUCUUCAAGUAAAAUGUCUUUAAAAAAAAACACAAAACCACAAAAGAUGCACUAAGCUUCCAAGCCCUGGAUUUCUGGUGCUGUUUUCCCUUCCAGGCUGUGACUAGGGAAUGGGAGGUAGGGGCAGAAUCGCAGCUCCCUUAUUUUCUGCAGUGCGUUGAACAUCAUUCAACUCAGCUGGCGGACCGGGGGGUCCGGGGCUGGGCGCACCUUUGAUAUUUGUUUUUCGGGGCUUAGAAACAAGGCUUGUGCUCUUGGGGUUGAUCUCUUUCUAAGCCCCAGCUGUCAGCUGGUGGGGUUACAAAGAUUAUCACGUUCCUGCGUUUCCAAACAGUGGCUGGGUGGAGAGAAGAGGCACCGUACCUGCUCCAGGGGUGCAAAAAGCUGUAGCGGGACCGUAUGCUCUGUCAGGCACGUGAGAGUGCACAGCAGGGCGAUGCGACUGCCCCAGCUGCAGGAGAAACUUGUGAAGCUUGUUUGGUUUCAGACAUUCAAAUCAAUCAGUGCCAGGGCAUAAAUGUACAGCAAAUGGGACUUUGCUAGGUCUGGGUCUUAAUACUUAAUUUUGGUGUGAUGGCUUUCGGUCUUCUGUCCCGAUGUAAGACACCUGCUUUAUCUUCCCAGGUCCGAUUCUUGCCUGUAACAUAGCUUUGCACCAAAAUGAAAUGGUCCAAAUCUGCUUAAUGAGAUAGAAUAAGGUACUGCAAUGGGAAAUGGUCCAAAAAAAUCUUUGUACAAAAUAUUUUUAAAUUCUGAUACUUGCAAGGCAUCUUCCGUCGGUCACACACUGUAACUCCUCCUUGCUGUUACUUCAGAGGCAGUGACUUGCACCGAGUGGAACCCACGCUUGGGUCAGCUGAAGUUUCUCAGGGCGCAGAGCAGCUGUACGCCAGAGAGCUGGCACUCUCAGAGACACACGCAGAAAGGUGUUGUGCCAUGAGCUCCACGGGGAAGAACAUUUUCUUUAAUUUUUACUACUUCUUACUACUUUACUGCAUGCCUCUGGAAGGAUUCUUUUGGUUUCCUUCAGCAAAACCCACAGUUUCGUUGUAUUGUUACCUAUAAAAAUAGCUUGCAUUUAAUAUCCCAGAAGUUGCUGUGGGAAGUCUAAUGAAAGUAGAAAGUGCAAACAGCUUCGGCUCGCUCCCAGCUGCAGUCGUUCGUCUCUGGUGGGUGUUCUGCAGCCAGCACUGUGCGAAAGUGGAAGUGAAUGAGUGUGCAAGUGGCAGUACCUCCUGGCAGGGACAGCUCUGACAUCGGGGGGUAAGCAGCAGUGGCGCUGGCAGCUGUCCUCGGAGGUGCCUCCAUGUGCUUUGCCGCUCUUUUCUUCUACAGGAGUAGAAGGAUUUCUGUAUGGAACCAAGUUUGCAGUUGCACAUUCAUUUGCUGUGCCUUAAAAUAACCAGAAAGACAUUAAAUUCCAAUUAGAAAGAUUCCUUUGGUGUUAUGCUCUGCAGCAUCAGCUCUGGAACGCAGCACUCCUACACCGCCACUUCCUGGACUGAGCGCUUACAUGAAACACUCAGAAGACUCCUUCCUCGUUUAAAAAAAAAAGAGUCACCCUGAUUUAAGGAUAGCCCAAAUUCAGGCAGAGUUUCUCGUGGCGCUGCCCGGGUGCUGGCUGCUUUUUUACCUGUGCAGUGUUUGAGGUACAGAUGUCAACUCAGGCGAGCCUUUGUGAUUCGAACUCUCCUGAGAACCUCUGGAGGCAGCGAUGCUGCGCAGCGUGCAGCUCCGUGCCGGGCUCAUGGGGAGAGCUCUCGCUGGGAGAAUGCAGAUUGCUGAUGAGACUCAGCGAAGUGGAUGCAAACUGGGGUAGACGGCGAACAGAUGAGAUGUGCUCACAUUAUCGUGUUUUGCUUGGAGGCUUUGACUUGAGCUCUCCGAAACUGCAGUUUAGCUUAAUGUGACAUUAUUUUUGCUCAUAUACAUAUAAAACAGGAAGCACAUUCAGAUAACAUCAACAGCCACUUCCUUAUAUGUACAAAAAUAAAGUGCUCUGACAGCAGCAAAACUGACACUUUGAUUUUAAAAAGGAUAGAAACCUUGCAUUGUGGACCCACAUGGGCAUUGCGCUGAGCCAAUCAGGAGCACAGAGGAAAAAAUUUGAAACAACCCUCGUACAUUAUUGUCUGUGCAUCUGUGCAUAAGCGGAAGGCUGGAGGAAGCCAGGAGCAUUGAUUGCAGAUUUCGAGAAGAAGAAAUAAUGUUCAUGGAGCAGCUUUAUGCAAUUCCACUCGAAGUGUCAUCUAGACUGUCACAGACGUCCUCCCCCCAGGCUGGCUGCCCGUCACCUUCCAUCCAAACAGGCAAAGUCAUCUCCUCGUCCCAGAAGCACAGCAAGAAGGCACUCAAACAGGCCUUGAAACAGCAGCAGCAGAAGCAACAGCAGCAGCAAUGCAGAGCAGGCAUGCCCGUGUCGUCUAAUCAGCAUGUCCUUCUGAAGGCUGUCAAGGCAGCCAGUGACUCCACACCUACAAAAUCUGCUUGGGAAGGAAAGCAGUCAGAUGGACAGUCAAGCAGCCCUCAGAACUCCACCUCCAGUUCCUCUCCCUCUGUUAAGCUCGAUAACUCCUUGCCAGGGCUGGGGAAGAAGCCAUUCCAGAGAUCUGACAGGCUCCAUGCACGGCAGCUGAAGAGAACAAAGUGUGCUGAAAUCGAUGUGGAAACUCCUGACUCCAUCCUCGUGAACACAAACCUGCGGGCACUGAUCAACAAGCAUACGUUCUCUGUUCUGCCUACGGAAUGCCAGCAGCGCCUGCUGCUGCUGCUGCCAGAGGUAGACAGGCAGGUUGGGGCAGAUGGUUUGAUGAAACUGAGCGGCUCUGCAUUGAACAACGAGUUCUUCACGUCAGCUGCCCAAGGCUGGAAGGAGAGGUUGUCAGAAGGUGAGUUUACACCAGAAAUGCAGCUAAGAAUACGUCAAGAGAUAGAGAAAGAAAAGAAGGUUGAGCUGUGGAAGGAACAUUUUUUUGAGAGCUACUAUGGUCAGAGUUCUGGACUAAGUCCUGAAGAGUCCAAGAGACUGACAGCAAACACCAGCCCUGCCGAGACAGAGGUUGAAAAUCCAGCAGCUGAACAGCCAAAAUGCAUGCCAGCCUCUCUGGCACCAGUCAAAGAGGAGAUUACUCCUCCAUUAGAGUCUAAAGCACAAGCAGUCCAGGCAGCACCCACGAUGAAAAAAGGAGGAGAGGAAAGAAGAGAGGACACGCAGCCAAAACCGGCCAAACCUGCAGAGGCCUCAGUUUCCCCAGAUGGCUGUGCAGCGAAGCCUAGCGACCGCCCUCUCUCUUUAAAAGAGAAAGUACAAGGAGAAUCCACUCAAGAGAAACCACAAUCUGCUGUCAGUCAAAAGCCAGAAGAGGAGAGGAAGCAUGCUGUAUCAAAGGAAGCGCUAGUAAAAGAGACUGUGAGUACCUCAGUUUUGGCCCUGAGCAAACCAAAGAGCCCUGAAGCAGGUGAAGUAGUAGCAAGUGCAGCAAGUCCAGUGAUUACUCCACAAACACCAGAAAAGAAGUCCCCUGCAAAUGAAGAAAUGGAGGUCAGUGUUGAAGGCCAUAAGAGGAAGUCGGAGAGCCGUGAAGAAGGUCUAACCACUCCUGAGAAGAAGCCCCGCAUCAUGGAGAACUGCCAGCACCACCAGUCGUUUCGGACCCAGCCACAGUCCUUUCCUGCAGCUGGGACCCAGGUGCCACGGGUACCCCCACUCAAGAUUCCUGUUUCCAGAAUCUCCCCAAUGCCAUUUCCUGCGGGCCAGGUCUCUCCCGGGGCACGUUUCCCAACCUCAGUUACCAGUCCGGGAAGAACAGGGGCCAGAACUUUGGCAGACAUCAAGGCAAAAGCCCAGCAAGUCAGGGCCCAGAGGGCAGCGGCCGCCGCUGCAGCCGCCGCCGCCGCCGCCGCCGCCUCUUCGGGGGGAGCAGUGCCAGGGCCCGGACCCGGUGGUGGCGGGGGCCCUCCAGGUGGUGGAGGAGAGAGGAGUAACGCAGCACCAAGCGGAACCAACGAAACUGGAACUGGAGGAAAUGCACUGGAACUGGCAGGAACUGGAAGCGGGGGAAGUUCGAGAAGGUUUCUUCCCCAUUGUCCAGGGCCCCAUUCCCAAAUGGAGACCCAGGCCACGGACCAGCCACCAGCUCACAAUCUCUCUAGAGCACAACUACAGCAAACUUCCACAUUGCAAUCCAGAACUCCAGGCAGCAAUACGGGCACCAACUGCUCCUCAUCAGCGGCAUCAGCAUUAGAGAAAAGCGACAGAAUAAAACAGAGCCCCCCAAACAUGACUGUAAACCAGGUUCCAGGCUCCCCAUAUGCCGGUAGCAGGGGCAAACAAGAGAAAGCACCUUCUGCUCCAGCAGGUCCGAGCCAGGCCAGUGGGGCGUCAGCUGUCAGGGACGGAACAGUCUGUGUCACUGCAUCCACAGCGGGUACCAACACAAAUGUAACUAAGGUGGCGCCUGCGGCCUUAGGAGGGACCAGCUUAGAUGCCUCUAAAGGCACAUCUCCUUCCCCUCUGAUGUCUUCAUCUUCACUGACACCCACAGGCUCAGAAGCCCAGGCUGGAGGUGCGGUAACAUCUGCUCCAUCUGCCCCAUCCUCUAACACUUUGUCAGCAGUACCUAGCCUUAAAACUCACCUAAGUUCAAGUGGGGCCCUCCCCAAAACAAGCUCCAAUAUUCCUGCUAACAACCCUUUAGUCACCCAACUUCUCCAGGGCAAGAAUGUCCCUCUGGAACAAAUCCUGCCGAAGCCCCUCACCAAAGCAGAAAUGAAAACUGUCCCACUAGCUUCUAACGAAGAAAAAGGGGCAGCAGCACCCAGUGCUACAAGUGUAGCAGGGAAUGGCACUGGAGCCGAGGGCGGUGAAAGACAACCGGGUUUACCCGCACAGCAGCUUGGGAAGAUCUUUUGCCAGAACAGGCCUCUGCCUCACAUUCCAAGGACCUUUUCAGUCCCCUCGGGAAAGGACCCCAGUGUUGACCAGCACCAGUGCCCAGAGGCGCUCAGUAAAACAACCCAAGAGCAGAUCCUUCAGACUCUCAUCAAGAGGGUCCAGAGGCAGAAUUUGUUUCCAGUCCUUCAGCCUUCACAACUGAACCUCACUCACUCAGGUUUCCAGUUAGAAAACAGCUCCACCAGCCAGAGAUUUGUGCUGGGUUUCAUGGGCAGAAGGACCUCCAAGCCUGCUAUGUCUGGUCAUUAUCUGCUCAACAUUUCCACCUAUGGCCGUGGCUCAGAGAGUUUGAGGAGAGGCUUCUCCCUGAACCCAGAAAACCGCUUGUGUCUGAACAGUCCUGCUGAUGCUCCGAAAACAGAAUUUGGGGAAUGUGAGGAGAUGGCUGGCCACGGCAGCAGCAGCAGCGAGGAAGGAGAUGCAGAUGAUGAGAGUACUGGUGAUGAACGUGAACGUGUCAGUGUAAAAGAGGAGCCCCAGGCUUCGCAGGUGUCUGGCCAGUGUGAAAAAGAACAGGCGUCACAUAACAUAAACCCUUCAGAUUACAGCAUCCUUGCUAAGAAGGGUGUAAAGACGGAAGCAGCCGCGUCUCAGCAAGCAGCAGUCAGCAGGGAGAACGUUCAGGGGUUUGACGGAACUAUGUUAGCGCGAGAUUUUAUUCAAGCCGCUCAAGAGCAAAUGGCACAUGCAAUGAGGGGAAAAAUGCACAGCAGCCCUGAGCUUUUCAGUCCUUCUGUACCGUCCACGGACUCUGCGCAGCAGCAGCCUCCCCAGCUUCCUCAUCCACACCCUCCAAAGCUGGGUGGAGAUGCUGCAGCACAGCUCAUUGGGCCCAGUUACAGCGGCACAAUAAACGUCUCCACCUCCCCGGACGUGAACCAAGGGUCUCUUAUGACUGGGCUGUCGGAAUGCAAUCAGUUGUCUAGUAGCAUGGGGAACGUCAUGUCCUUUUCGGUGACUGUAACCACCAUUCCCACCAGCCAAGCUAUGAACUCUGGCAACCACAGUCAGACCAUCCCAGUUCAAGCCUUCGCUGAAGACCACAGCAUGGAGGACUCCCCUUCCAAAUGUUACUGCAGGUUGAAAGCCAUGAUCAUGUGCAAGGGCUGCGGCGCCUUCUGCCAUGACGAUUGCAUUGGCCCCUCUAAGCUCUGUGUCUCCUGCCUUGUCGUGCGGUAACCGGGACGUGAAGUGGGGAAGAGGAUGGCUGGAUGUUGUGUUUGCUUUUGGAAGUACAUUGGGAAGAAACAGGAAAUUUACUGCCUUGCACAAGAGACACGUUACUGAAUCAGGAAUACAGAGUAGAGUUCUUCUUUCAUUAAAGAAAGAGCACCUUCUUGUACAGUGAGUCUAAAUUGAGCUCAACUACGUGAAUUGUGACAAGAGUUUGCACUUAAGGAAUUAUGUAAAUAUGUCACAUUAUUUUGUUUAAAAAUAUUUUUUCAAUCUUUUAGGAGAUAGUGUUUGACUUGUACUGCAGUUUCAUUAACCCCAGCCUGCUAUCCAGCAUGUUUGCUGAGCUCUGCUCUAGAUGGGGGAAUGAACCCCCGGCGAAACAUCAGCCUGUUGGGCUUCUCUUGGCAAAGAGAAGAGCCGGAUUUAAGAAACUAAACGUUUGUUCUGACUGAUGACAGAGCACCGAAGCAGGAAACCCUGAACGGGCUUACUGUGUUGCUCUAAAUUUUAGUUCAAUUUUUCAGAAUUGGAAGGCGUUAACAUUGCACAGGCCUUUCAAGUCAUUGCCUCUCACUUGUGACACGGCUGUCUCCGGAAGGCAUACUGGGUUGUGCAAUAUUGGCUGGUGUUUUUGAUUCGCAUAUCCUCUCCUCUUCAAGGAGGCAGUUGCAGUAACCUUCUUUUAGGGACGGAGGUAUCUUGAUUUGCUACUGGCAAAUACUGAAAAAGGCAACUGUACUAACCAUAGGAUUCAAGGAUUUAAAUCACUAAAACAACUCAGUAACUGUGAUUAUUGGUAAUUCCAGGAACCAUUUAAAGCAGAGAUCGCAAAUAUGUGCUGAACUGCAUUUCAUUUCUGGACUGUCAGGACCCGGCAGAAACCUGCUUUAUUAGGCAUUAUUUCAAGGGAGCUGGAGAGUGCCACCCCCAGAGCUGAGCAGCGCCAGUUGUUGCAGCACAUUAUGCAAGUGAAGUGCACUAAAUGUCACCCUCUGUCCUACUGUUUUCUAGGAAGCUUUUUGUGGCUCAUUAAAAACUCCAGAUAGUCAGACUUCUCGAAUCUCUAUAGAAGAUUUUCUAUUUAGCUGAGCGUAGGGAAAGAAAGCAAGGAUCCCGCUGGGCCUCGCCGGUGUCCGCCAGCGGGUGUCCGUCGGAGGACGCCGAGCCAGGCCUGGCUCCGCGCGUGGUGCGUCGGGGCGAGCUCGGGAGGGGCGCAGCUGGUGGGACGCGUUCCUCGCCGCCAGGAGUCGGUGCUCACGCCUCCGUUCGCUCCAGGUGGUCGGAAUUAACCGAUACAGAAUGGUACUUUGUGCUCGACAACAAGGAUUGACGACAGGCUGGCUAAUAAAGCAUUCGCCGAUCUGCAUGUUGACGUAUCGCCGCGUGUCCGCAUCACACGGAGGAUGUGUGUGUGUCACUUCUCUUCCAGAACAGCGUCAGGUUCAAUAGUCACGUCCAGUCCCAUGUUGUCACUGUGCGGGGUGGGAGGGGGGCCAUCCUGGAGCUUGGUCAGGUAACAGAUCUAUGUAUCUUUUUGAUGGAAAAGCACUGAAUUCACUUUGAAUCCAAAGGCCUUUUUAAGAUGAAGCAAUAUUAACAAAAUAGGUGACAGCUGUUUUAUGAGCUGGGGUCCUAAAGCCUUUUUUCCUUCUUCCCAUUUGACUAUACUACUGCUUUCCCCGCUUCCCUCUCCCUGACGUGGGAACCUGGCGUGCUGGCGGUAAGGUCAGGAGCACUGCCCGGGAAGCGCCGUGUGGUUUUCCAAGGAGCGGGUGUUGAUUUGUUUGUUAAUGGUAAAGAGAGUUGCAGACUUAAUCGCUUCAUAAUAAAAACGUUUCCUUCCCUAUCCAGCAGAGCGUGGUGUCCUCCAAAGCAGGGUUAGUGUGCGUGAGUUAACGAGAGCUGCCGUGUGUGUAUCUUGGUCUUAGUUUUGCCCGUAAUAAAUUUACCGGGGAGCAGCGACUCCUGCUAUCUAAUUAUGCAUCGCUCCUUGUAGACAUCCAGUGGUGGACGGGAUUUAAGUAUUAGAAAUACAGACUAUUUUUUUUUAACCACUUACAUCUCAAAAAAGAAUGCAAGACAUACUCCCAGUUCUGUCGUGCUGCCCGGUGGCUGCAGCCCAGCAGCCCCGUGCCAGUCUGCACCGUCCCACGGCUGGCUCCGUGCGUGCCCGGCGAGCCCAGCAGAGGCGGGUUAGCUUCUCCUGCUGCAACCCCAAAUGCUGUAGCAGGGAUGAUUUGUUCCCUGGGUCAGCUUGUACGUAAGUGCUCAUUUGGACAGCGACCCAUCACUGCCUGCUUCCCUACUUGCUGCUGCAACAGGAAUUUCUGCCAUUCUUUUAAAUCGUCGGAUGCGGCGUGAAAUGGUUUCACGUGGUGUACCCCGGGGACAGCAGGAUCUUCCCUUCCCUUAUUAACUCGAGCCUUGUCUAGACAUGAAAGCAAAGUUAUGGCAACAUAAUCCUCAGUGAGACACAUUCGUUCCCUCAGUAUAAUCCAAUUUAAAGGUUGUUUUGGGUUACAAACUAAGCUGAAAAAGUCAUUUUUGCCUCAAAUAAAAGCAAAGAGGCUUUGCUGGUGUAAUUGGAUCAAUUCUGUUCACACCUUGGCUUCCAUCAGUGUGAAUUCUGUGGGCUGACAAGGCUGCUUCAGAGGGGGAAGGAGGGGAUGCUGAGGGAGCAGCACACACCUGCUGCCUUGCUGUUAGCGUUCACAGGCUUUUGAAUCUGUUGCCGCUGUCACGUUGAAAGGCUGCUUCGGUACUCUCAGCAUUUUCUAAAACAGUCAACAGCCCUAGCUGUGGUUCCGACGUGUUACUGCCUUUAAAUUGCACAAGCUCCCCUGCAGCGUGUGGAUUCGGUUGUCUCUGCCAGGUCCAUUUCUGUGAGCCAGAAGCUGCUGUUCACGAGCAGCACCGCAGGAACCGAGCUGAGGUCGCCCAGGUGUGGGUCGAGGGUGACCCCCAAGUGUCAGUGGCUGCCAGGCUUUAUUGGGCAGUGUGGGCAUCUUACGUGAUGACUUGGAAGUUUACAACUCUGUUCAGUGCCUUAGUUAUACUUUAACAGCUGAGCACUUUUAUUGGGCUACUUUUAUUCUGUUCCUUUUUCAGAUAAUAAAUUCUUUUAACUGCAUGUCUUUGAUUUUACCAGAUGCUAUGAGCUACUAGGUGGAACUUGAGGAACAAUAGCCACGGGUUUGCAAGAGGGCAUUAAGCGGUUAGGAAAUCGUUAGAAAUAAUGGGGCUCAGUGUAAUGAUCAGUACAAGUACAGGUCUACAUAAAACCUUGAGAGCUUUGCAUGUUUUACAGUGCUGGUUAUUGAAUAAUGUAUUUUAGAAAGGGAAAAUCCUGCAGCCCAUUUAGGAGCGCUCCCUGCGUGGCGUUGGCCUGCUGCCUUCCUGCUGAGGCUCCUCCCGUUCAUCCCCACUCUUCCAUCGUCUGCCCUUCCCACUGGUCCUCCUUCCAGCCAGCAACGAGCCUGCUUCGCUCUGGGUCUGUAAUUGAUCGUGACAUAACUUAAAGCGUUAGGCUUUGGUGGGCAGGUAUUAAAGUAACAGCAUUCUCCAGUAAAUGCUGUCAUAACAAACAAAAUCUGAGAUGAAAUAUUUGCAAAGCCCGAUGUCAAACCAUGUUUGUGGCAGUAAAAGCAACUUGGGCGAGAAAAGAUACUCAGGUGUGUGUGUUCCCUUUUGGGCCUCAGUCCAAGCCCUGCAGCUUGAGAACGAGAAAUGCAAAGUGACCCGUGGCAUUUAACUUCCCAGUGCGGAAAAAACCACCUUGUACAAGUUAUUUCAAUGGAGGAGUGAAUGCGACUCUAGAGAUGAGCUGAGGUUUUGAGAUGCAGAUGGGCAGCACGGGGAAGGAAAUUUAUUUGAGAUGUUAAUGUCUCAAAUCAAACAGAAAGGCGGCAUGCUGGGCACAGCGGCGUUGUGCUUCGUAGGGCAGUCACGGAGCUGAUGGGGAAGGCAGUUCUGGCCAGGGCCAUGAUGGCCGGGAGGUCACCACACCGGCCGUGCCGUCUGACGGCGGCAGUCGCGCUGCCCAGGCCGCGCGGAGCAUCGCCGGCCGGUUCCUGCCCCAUGAGCAGCCGCCGGUGCCGUGGUUGGAAGGGGCUCUGGCUUCUCUGCACGGGGAGGCUCAGCCUGGCUGGGUUUGAACCUCCUGGCCUGGGGGCUGCCAGCCCCGGCAGGAGCCCUGGGGCAGGAGCAGUUGCCUGGGCUGGGCUGGGGCAGGAGCUUCCACCUCAGCUGGGGCGGACGGCGCUCGGGUCGCUGAAAGCAGCUUGGAAAAAAACUUUGGUUUUGCGGGGGGAAGUGCCUGAAAGACCAGCGUGCGUUCUGUGCUGGAAGAGCCUCACCAGGGACGCGUGGAGCCCUGGGGAAGCUGCUUUGUUUCCCUUGGGAGCGUUGUCCCAAAGCCACCGCUGGCCGCUAGCAAACGGCCACGGGGGCUCUGCUCACCCCGGGCCAGCCCAGCAGCGCUGUGCUCAGCUCCAGUGGCCAGGCGCUGCCUCGAGCCUCCUAGCACGGCCGGUGGUGGGGAGCAGGGCCGGUGGCGAGAGCACACUGAGGUCCCUGGGGCACCUGUGCUAGAACGGGGAUGCUGCAGGGACGGGAGGGAGGGAGGGGGCAGACGGGGAUGGGGCUGCAAUGGGGGAGGUCCCGGGGGCGUCGGGUCUGUUUGCCACCGGUGCCCUGCAGGGAGAACAGCUCACGCACGUGCUGCGAUCAUGAUAGCCAGAAUUUUCUUGAUUAACUAAGGUUUUUUUUUUUUUUUAAUGCUAUACAUUUGAUAUAACUGAAGAUCAACUUUAAGAGCUUACAGUAAUAUAUUUUAAGUAAUAUAUAUUUUAGUAUCUAAAACAAAUUGACAAAGGAUGAUUUAUGAACUAGAUAAACAGGGUAUUGGGAGUAUGCAGUUUCUCGGCAAGGCCAGGAAUAGUUUUACUAGCAGGAGAACUGAAAAGAUUCAGUUUUUUCCACUAAUGCAAUAAAAAUGGGAGUUCUUAAAAAGAAGAAAUCCAAUACUGUUUACCACAUGCUUUUCUUGUUUUGACAACAGGCCUGUAAACACAGUUUAGAAGAUACUAAACCUUUGUCUUUCGCCUUUUUAAAAGGGACUUAAAUUGGAAUAGAGGGUAUGUACAGAAAAAUCAAGUUGACACCAUUUUAAAAUGUAUUUUUACACAAAUAAUAUAGAAAAAUCAUAUUUUACAUAAGAAUUUUAAGUAUUUGAAAUAUGUAUAUAUAUACUGUAUGUACUUCAUAUAUUCUUUAUUUUACAUUUUCAAUGUAUUAAAAAGUAUUUGAGCUGUUUGGAUUUGAGCAUGUAAUAAUGAUAAAAAAAAAAAAAGAGGAAAAGAAGAAAAGAGGGCGAGAGGAGAUGAGUCCUGCACGCUGCAGUUGCUGCUGUUAGCAGCCUGCAGGGAGUAGAGAAACCAGAAGUGCAGCAGCGAAGGGAUUUUGGAAGUUUAGCAGUUUCAGGUAGAGCAUACAGAACAUUUGUCAGUCCUGUGUCUUGUCUGUGUCUCCAUUUGUAUUCGUUCAUUUUGCCUCGUAACCACCCAGAAUCAUCCAUGGUGAGAAGACAAAGAGGUGGAUCUUUUAUACAAGCAACUCUACCUUUAUAGCCAAAGAGACGUACUGGUACAGAAGCUACUCAACCAAAACAGAAUCAGAAGCUACCCAGUUGUGCUGUGCCACUGGAAUUUCCAUAAAUAGUUUGAUUUCUUGGGCGAGCAUUUUAUGGUGCUUAUGGGGAACUUAAACAACGUACCAAAAGUCCAAUGAUUUCAAGGAAGCACUAUCAAAGUGGAUUUGUUUUGGUUUUUGUGGGAAUUAGGUGAAACUCUCCCUGCAGAGAUGGUCCGUCUUUGCAGCUCUUGGGGACUGAGUGAAUUCCAUUCACCUGCACUUGCCUGGGCUCCUCUAGACACUCCCCGCCAGACUGAGAUCUGCAGCCCCUGUAAUUGCUGGUUCUGCACAGAGAGAGAACACAAAUCUCCCACGGAGAGGAGGGUGGAAAUGGCUCCACAGCGUGCAAAGCACAGCAUACCUGCCUCAUCCCCUUUUCCAUGACGCCCAUUUUGGCUUAGGUGAAUCUCAAAUCACACUUAUAUUCCCCUUAUUCCUGCAAGCAAUUGCAGGACUCGUAUAAAUUGGAGGUGUUCAAAGCAACUCUCUGUUGCUGGGACUUAGGGGGAAGGAAACUGGGGGAAAAGAAGAAGCAUUAACAAGUCAGGUUUUAAAAGUACAAAUUUAAAAACUGAAAAGGCAGGCAACUGGUAUUUGUAUAUACUGCUUCGAUUAUUAUUGGAAUCCCUUGGGGGAAAAAAUAAACGAGGCACCCAAUGACUGUCAAAAGUUGCUACCUACACACCGGGUAGGGCUGUCGCUCCCCAGAGUUGCACUGUAAGGAAGCCCCGUGGGUGGGGGGCGUGUACAGGUCGGGUCUGGAUGCGGGGGGCUGCACAGGGGUGCAGCUGAGUGUACACAGCGAGACCAGCUUCAUCUCAGUCUUCUGGUGACAUUACACCUUGGAAAGUUACCGCAGGCCUGAGAUGGGAUUACAGCUUUUGUAUUCGUUUUCCUAUUUAAGAUAUAUGGGUUAGAUGAAAUACAUAAUAGUGACGUGUUUUGAUCUGCUGCACUUUUUAAUAAACAUUCCUUAUUCCCCUGGUACUGCUGCAUCUCCCACCCCUUCCUACCCCCCUUAGAACUUAAGCCCAGUUGGUCUCCUGUCCCUUUCAGUAAGACCUCGCAGGCGCUGCACCACGGGUUUCUUAUCAGAAGGGCUGGGCCAGGAGCUCAGCGCUUGAGGCCGGGGCUCCGGCGUCCUCGCGGCAGAGUCCCAGGGCCAGCACCGCCGCGGCGGGGCAGCGCGGGCACCGAAAGGCUGCGGUGCGGGGGCCGUGGGUGCCUCCUGGCCUCCUGUUGGUGGCCGUCUGAGUGCAUGCUCUGCGCCCACCUCGAGCAGAGGCACCAUAGGCAUCGUCUUCGACCUCAGGGACAGAGGCUCCGGUUAAAAUUUCACCUCGUGUCCAGAGGCGUGCCCAGGACAUGCCCACGAGCAGUCGACUUCGCUGCCACGCGGUAGCUCCUUCCCUUCCCGUCCAUCUUCGGUGCCCUCGUGAGCCCGUGCCCUGUCACGGCCUGUUUGCAAAGUCAAAUUCAGGCAAGAAAUCUGGCAGUUUGCAUGGGAAAAAAGCGAUUGUGGUUCAGUAAGGUAACGUCUGGGCGUGUAAGAGCUACGUGGGCCAGUUCUAGCAGGAGCAAUACAUCAGGGACAAAGUGGUCCGUCAUGCUGCAGCUAUGCAUUUUGGCAAAGGUUGUUUUGUCACCAAGUCUUCACCCAUUUUGCUGUAUAAGAUUCCACCUUAGCUUCUCACCAGCAUUAAGAGGAAUCUGAGGAGUGCUAAAAGCGGCCUAUUUCUAACCUGUCACUUGAGGAUCUGUGUGCCCAUAGGAGGUAGCACUUUGACAAGCAAAGCCUGCCCUGUGGCUUCUGUCUUAUUGCAGAUUCUGUUCCUCUUCCUCUCACUUAUUUUUGUCAUGUAAAACUACCUGCUUUAUAAAUGAAUGUAAAAUACCGUAGUUCUUCAGCACAUGGACAAAUGUGUAUUUUAUCUUAAUGUUUCAUUUUAUGUUAAAUAAAAAGCAUAUGAUUUUA